AUGGAGGGGGAUCUGGUGGUGGCGCCUCUGGAUGGGGGUUUGGUGCAGGAUGAGGCAGAGUCGGAAGAGGUCGAGGUGGACUUGAACGAGGAGCCCCGACCGCCCGUGGCCCAGCGCGACUCGGCAGCCAUGAUUGCCAUGGAAGAAGAAGAGGCGGCGGCGGCGGCGGCGGCGGAAGGAGAAGAAGAACGAGCAGGCGACGGUGCAGAGGAAGUGGAGAAGAAUCAGGCCAAAAGCCACGGCGAUGAUCGACAGACGCCAGCGGACCAGGACGACGCGCUGCCCACAGAGUCCUCCGAGACGGGCCCCAGCUCCUGGCCCGCCGCAUCAUCUGAAGAAGCUCCCUCGGCAUUGGUGCCCACCCCCGAGGCCAAGGGCAUCGAAUCCUUGUCCGCCACCACGGACGAGCCGUCGGUCAUUUCGGCCACGCCCGUGGACACGGCCAUACACACGCUGUCAGAAAGCACGGCAUCCGAUGCCGCCACCGUCAUCUCUGAGCACGAGGCCGAUGCUACCCCGACCCCAGCUUCCACCGCAGCAGUCAAGCCCAAACGCGGUCAUCGCCGCAUGGACUCGGCCGGCCUCAACCAACUUGAUCUGAAUUCCUUCUCAGCCGGUCCAGACCAAGGCGCCGCCCUGAGCCGCGACCGUCUCUCCACCGUCGAUGAUAAUGAUGAUGUUAACGAUGGGCCCAUCGCUGCUCCCGGGGCUCAGCUUGAAUCCCCGCCCGGUGAAGCGCUCGAGGCCGGCGUGGCUUCAACCCCCAACAACACGGCCGCCGUUCUCCUCGAAGAUGCCCCACAGGACAGUAACGCCUCAAACAAUGCCAGCCCAUCCUCCUCCCGGCGCUCCACCAGCCUGAGUAGCCGCCCCACCACAGCUGGCAGCGAUUCAAUUGCUGCACCUGCCACCUGGGACGGCUACUCCUCGCGCGCUGCCCAAUGGCCCCUCUCCGCUUCCAUCUUGCCCGACCAGCUGGCACAAUUUGCACACAAGCAAGGCGUCGAGGCCAUCAGUCGGCACCACCCCAGCCAGUCCACCACCAACAGCCCAGCUGCCUAUGUCACAACCAGCGAUUGGUUGGAGCGUGCAUCUGAGGAGGAGCAACUUCAAACUCUCCGAGACCUCACUGCCAGUGGCAGCUUUAGCAUGGUAUUUCCCCUCAAUCUACGCAGCCCGAUGCACAUGGCCUGUGUCAACGUGUUGCAUCGGACCACGCUCUUGAUCAAGGCUCACGGAGAAAAGGCGCCCACUUCGUUCUAUAUGCAGUGUUAUGCCCGUCAGGUGUGGCUCAUUCGGGCCAUCAUGAUGAUUAAAUUCAAACUGCACGAAGCGCUGGCAUCUGAACUUGACUCGUUCGGUGGCUGGGAUCGCCCCGACCUCUUUUAUCAGGCGUACCCAAACAAAUAUCCUCAUCGAACCGGCAGCAUGGUCCCCUUCUCGCUGCGCUUUAUCCAUGCUGAAUUGCCUCUGCACUCGAAACAGUCUCUCUUGACCAUGGAUCGAUUCUGCCUACUACGUGCUGUGUGCAAUCAAGCUCUGGCCACGGUGCCUGAGGAUGCGGCAAUGUCGUCCCAGCAACGCCUGGUGCGCGAACUGUGGGUGGCACGGCUACGCCGCGUGAUUCUAAGCUUGAGCAAUCUGCUCUUGCGCCUGAACGACCUGUCCUCGGCCUCAGCCAUGUUUUCCCAGCUUCUGGAACUUGAUGACGAUCAUGUCAUGUUAUACAGCUGCCUUGGUCGCAUGGCUCUCAGUCACGGCCAUCUAUCGUUGGCUGCCAAACACUUUUCUCUGGCCGAUGCCGCCGCACAGAAACGCCACCAACUGUCGGACCGCCGCCAACUUGCAAUCAAUGAUGCCCUCCUUCAGCUCUGCAACGGCAAUGCCAACGCUUCUGUAGAAGCGCUGGCAGCAAUCGCAGAUGAUGUGGAAAACGAUGGGGCUGUUGUCAAUGCUCAAGCGGUGGCUCAGCUCUAUUCAGGAGAUCUUUCUGCGGCCGUUGCAACCUUUGAGGAGGAGCUGCCUAGCAUGUCCACGCUGAGCGAGGAAAUGCUGUACAAUUUGGCCACGUGCUAUGAGCUCGAGUCUGAGCCAGUCAAGGCUGGUUUCAAGAAGCGGGUCUGGAUCCGCACCGUCCUGGAGAAAGGACACGACAAUCUUGACGUCACCUGUCUCAAGGUUUAA